CCCCUCCCCGGGGCCGCUCCUCCCACCGCUCCGAGAGCCGGCGGCUGCUGCGGCCGCGAGAGGCCCCUCCUUCACGCCCUCCUUUCCCUCGCUCGCUGUCGAGCGGAGCCGGCCGUCCGGCUGGGCCCCCGACUCUCCCCGGCCAUGGCCGGUAACGUGAAAAAGAGCUCUGGCGCCGGGGGCGGUGGCGGCUCCGGAGGCUCGGGCUCGGGCGGCCUGAUCGGGCUCAUGAAGGACGCCUUCCAGCCGCACCACCACCACCACCACCUCAGCCCCCACCCGCCGGGGACUGUGGACAAGAAGAUGGUGGAGAAGUGCUGGAAGCUCAUGGACAAGGUGGUGCGGUUGUGUCAGAACCCAAAGCUGGCGCUGAAGAAUAGCCCACCUUAUAUCUUAGACCUGCUGCCAGAUACCUACCAGCAUCUCCGUACUAUCUUGUCAAGAUAUGAGGGGAAGAUGGAGACACUUGGAGAAAAUGAAUAUUUUAGGGUGUUCAUGGAGAAUUUGAUGAAGAAAACUAAGCAGACCAUAAGCCUCUUCAAGGAGGGGAAAGAAAGAAUGUAUGAGGAGAAUUCUCAGCCUAGGCGAAACCUAACCAAACUGUCCCUGAUCUUCAGCCACAUGCUGGCAGAACUAAAAGGCAUCUUUCCAAGUGGACUUUUUCAAGGAGAUACAUUUCGGAUUACUAAAGCAGAUGCUGCAGAAUUCUGGAGAAAAGCUUUUGGGGAAAAGACAAUAGUCCCUUGGAAGAGCUUCCGACAGGCCCUACAUGAAGUGCAUCCCAUCAGUUCUGGGCUGGAGGCCAUGGCUCUGAAAUCCACUAUUGAUCUCACCUGCAAUGAUUAUAUUUCAGUUUUUGAAUUUGACAUCUUUACACGACUCUUUCAGCCCUGGUCCUCCUUGCUCAGAAAUUGGAACAGUCUUGCUGUAACUCAUCCUGGUUACAUGGCUUUCCUGACAUAUGAUGAAGUGAAAGCUCGGCUCCAGAAAUUCAUUCACAAACCUGGCAGUUACAUCUUCCGGUUAAGCUGUACUCGUCUGGGUCAGUGGGCUAUUGGGUAUGUUACUGCUGAUGGGAAUAUUCUCCAGACAAUCCCUCACAAUAAACCUCUCUUCCAAGCACUGAUUGAUGGCUUCAGGGAAGGCUUCUAUUUGUUUCCUGAUGGACGAAAUCAGAAUCCCGACCUGACGGGCUUAUGUGAACCAACUCCCCAAGAUCAUAUCAAAGUGACCCAGGAACAAUAUGAAUUAUACUGUGAGAUGGGCUCUACAUUCCAACUGUGUAAAAUAUGUGCUGAAAAUGAUAAAGAUGUAAAGAUUGAGCCCUGUGGACACCUCAUGUGCACAUCAUGUCUUACGUCGUGGCAGGAAUCAGAAGGUCAGGGCUGUCCAUUCUGCCGAUGUGAAAUCAAAGGUACUGAGCCCAUUGUGGUAGAUCCGUUUGAUCCUAGAGGAAGUGGCAGCCUAUUGAGGCAAGGAGCAGAAGGAGCUCCCUCCCCAAAUUAUGAUGAUGAUGAUGAUGAACGAGCUGAUGAUUCUCUGUUCAUGAUGAAGGAAUUGGCAGGUGCCAAGGUGGAACGUCCUCCUUCUCCAUUCUCUAUGGCUCCACAAGCUUCCCUUCCCCCAGUGCCACCACGACUUGACCUUUUGCAACAGCGAGUAUCUGUUCCUUCAAGUACUUCUGGUCUGGGAACUGCUUCUAAGGCUGUUUCUGGCUCCCUUCACAAGGACAAACCAUUGCCAAUACCUCCCACACUUCGAGAUCUUCCCCCACCACCUCCUCCAGACCGGCCAUAUUCUGUUGGAGCAGAGGCCCGGCCUCAGAGACGCCCCCUGCCUUGUACACCAGGCGACUGUCCAUCCAGAGACAAACUGCCCCCUGUCCCCUCUAGCCGCCUUGGGGACUCAUGGCUACCCCGACCAAUCCCCAAAGUACCAGUAGCUACUCCGAGCCCUAGUGACCCCUGGACAGGAAGAGAAUUAACCAACCGGCACUCACUUCCAUUUUCUUUGCCAUCACAAAUGGAGGCCAGAGCAGAUGGGCCUAGGCUUGGAAGCACAUUCAGUCUGGAUACCUCCAUGAGUAUGAAUAGCAGCCCAUUAGCAGGUCCAGAGUGUGAACACCCCAAAAUCAAACCUUCCUCUUCUGCCAGUGCCAUUUAUUCUCUGGCUGCCAGACCUCUUCCUGUGCCAAAACUGCCACCUGGGGAGCAGGGUGAGAAUGAGGAGGACACAGAAUAUAUGACUCCCUCUUCUAGGCCAAUAGGGCUCCAAAAGCCAGAACCAAAAUGGCCUUUGGAGGCAACCCAGAGUUCACGAGUAUGUGAUUGUGACCUGCAGAUUGAUAGCUGUACCUAUGAAGCAAUGUAUAAUAUUCAGUCCCAGGCGCCAUCUGUCACUGAGAACAGCACCUUUGGUGAAGGGAAUUUGGCUGCAGCCCACACCAACACUGGCCCUGAAGAAUCAGAAAAUGAGGAUGAUGGAUAUGAUGUCCCUAAGCCACCUGUGCCAGUUGUGCUGGCCCGCCGAACUCUCUCAGACAUCUCUAAUGCCAGCUCCUCCUUUGGCUGGUUGUCUCUGGAUGGUGAUCCCUCGACAAACUUCACUGAGGGUUCCCAAGUUCCUGAGCGGCCCCCUAAACCAUUCCCUCGGAGAAUCAACUCUGAACGAAAAGCAGGUAGCUGUCAGCAAGGUGGCAGUGCUACCGCCACACCUCCUGCUGCCUCCUCACCUCAGCUCUCCAGUGAGAUCGAGAACCUCAUGAGUCAGGGUUACUCCUAUCAGGACAUUCAGAAAGCUUUGGUCAUUGCCCACAACAACAUUGAAAUGGCCAAAAACAUCCUCCGGGAAUUUGUUUCUAUUUCUUCCCCUGCCCAUGUGGCCACCUAGCACAUCCCUCCCUGCAGCGGCUUCAGAGGACCCACGAGCCAGGCUCUUACUUAAGGAGCACCUAGGAGGGCAGAGGCUCCUUUGGGGACUUCACAAUGAGGUCCUGCCCUCUCUGUAGGUAUCACACCUGUGGUUCCAAGAUUUCAAAGCAGUGGAAUGAAAAUGGAGCAGCUAGUGUGUUUUAUUAUUAUAUUGGUCUUGAGAGUGCAUUUGAAGGUGUCCUUCAGUCCCCACCAGGAGAGUGAGUGGAUUUUUAUUACAUGGUAGCCUACCUGGGGGAACAGUCCAGAAAGCAGUAGAACAGGUAUUGUGCUGUAAACCCUAACGGAGGACAUAAGACUUUUCUGGGUUAAGGAUGUGACUCUGUGUGUGUGUGUGUGUGUGUGUGUCUGUCUGUCUGUCUGUCUGUGGUUGUAUGUGUCCUGUGAUUAUGAUGAUCCUGCUGUGUGUGUUAAUUCCAGGCGGGGAAUUGGCACAAGAGGUUCAGGAAGGAAUCUUUUAAAGACUUCUAUCUACUGUGGUAUUACCCCUAACUCUAGUGUGUAUUACAACUUCAACACUCCACUUUGGCUUAGAUUAUCAUGUGCAUAGCUCAUAUUUUUAGAAUUCCCUUCCUCUGUUCUAUCCCUUUGCUCUGUUCUUUACCCUAUCAGCUUCUUUUUUCUCCUCCUUGGUUUUCUGUCAUUGUCAGCAGGCUUGCUGUGGCCAGCCUUCCUGAGGCUAAGCAGCUUUUAUAGGAUGUUCCUUAUUACAUGUGAUGGUGUUUGGGAGAGAGAGUACUGUUGCUACGUUGUUAUGGUUUUGUUUGACACUAGGAGCUAACACUGGUCACUCCAAAGCACUAUUUCUAUAGGAACAUUGAAUUUGUUAAAAUAAAAUGUUUGAACUAUCCUAAUUACAUAAUGACUAAUUUGAGAUAGAGGCCUUCAAAUACAUUCCAUGUCCUCCCCAGAAAAUAGUCUGGGGGAGUCCGUUGCCUUGGUGCCAGGUGUGUGUCCUGGUAUAGGUCAUGAGUCUUUCUACUUAAUGGAAAGGGAAGAACAUUUGUUUCCAGGAUAAUUUUCUGGCCCUAAUACCACAAAGUUUUUAGAAAGCUUCAUUCACAUGCUAUUUAGAUGCACAAAAUAGAUAGUAAGGAUUUGGAUUUAUUUGUUCAGUUUUUCUUCCUCGUGCAUUAAUUUCAGCUUAUAUUAUGUUUUACAUUUCUCCCUUUGAGCAUGAGCCAGGUUAGAUUUUCCAAAAUGGCUUUUAUCUUUGCCCUUUCAGGAGUAGGGAUACCACCUAUGGUAGCACAGUGUUUUGCUGAUAAUCAGCAUCUUUCCUACUUUGGUGCUGCCCAGUGACUUGGUUUUCUCUUGUGUCUAGGGCUAGGGAAUGAAAUGUCUCUUUCCUCUCUUCCCUUUUUUUUUCCCCUUAGGUAUAUGCUUUAUAGUAAAUAGGCAUCAUUCAUUACAAAAAAAUGACUCUAUUCAAAGACAAUAUGGGGAAGAGCUGGCAGUUUAUGUAGUUGCAAGUUCAUAAAGAAGCUUAGGUGUCCAGUUGGGAGUCCUGUUCUUCAGUUCCUGUGGAUAGUGCUCUAUGGCCCCUUGAGUUCAGUUCUCUGUCCUGAGUCUUUUGCUGACUUCCCUAAUGGUGGUAUCCUUCCUCCAUGUCAUAAGCAAGGCUGCUCUUGGAUAAAUUACCUUCCUUGGGAUCUAAAUCUUGCUUUUGUCGUUAGGUUCAGACAAAAAUGGCUCGCCUUAAACCUGCUUUCUUUCCAUUCUUGGCAUCUUUGGAACUGAAACCUUUACUAACGCUUCUCUUGGUAUCCAGCUACUUCUAGAUCUUUUAUUUUUGUCCUCUUAUCCCUGAACUAUUUAUAUUUCUGGAGCAGAGCAAACUCUAGUACAGGACCUCAUAUUGAUUUGCAUAGCCCACCAGCAGGUGCAGGAGGCCCUACUCUGGGGUGGAGGGAGGCAGGGAAAGUGGGUACUGAGUGGCAAAGAGUAGUCUACCAUCCUCUUCUAAAAACUGACAACAUUCAUUUUGCAUUUUGUUUCACUAUUGAAGGACUAGACAAAGAACUAGAAAAAAAGACAACAGUUUCCAGGCCUGUCCAUGGUGUAAUUCUUCUUUCUCUACAGCUACUGUCCAUAGUCAAGAUCUGUCAAGAAAACCAAGCAGUCACUGCAUCUCUUUUGCCUGUCCAGUGUAUUCACAUCUUCUGUGGAGGUUAUUGCUCAUACUGGCUAGACUAAGGGUCAUUUCAUCCUUUAUUUUCCUGAGCACCUGUGUAGCUCUUCAAGUCAGCCCUGAAAAAAGUGUCUAGGUUGCUGGUGGAGCACAUGCAUUGUUGACUGGCUUGGGUAGUUUUAGUUUGUCAGGUGUGUAUCUGCAGACACUGAAGGCUUUGAACCAUUACAUGAGGACCUAUCCUUUGGAUGUUCUAAGGACAUAUGUGGGCUUGUGCCUGAAAUUGCCAGGUAAGCUUCAGGAAGGUUUUCACAUGGCUCUUGUUUUCAAAAUAGUCUCAAAACUUGAAUUUCUUACAUUUUCUUUUGAAUAAGGCACCAUUAACCAUUUCUUAUCCUCCAUUCAUAUGGUAAUUUUUAAUUCUUUGGCACUUGCUCUGAAUUUAACUAAAAUUGCCCUUUCAGGCUUUUGAGUUUUCCCAUGUUGGCAAGAUCUCCUAAUUACAUAUAGUCAAUAUGGUCAGGAGACCCACUUUAAUGUUUUCCUUUUUAUCAAAUUAAUUAAACCAUUCUAUUCAACCUAAUUUCCUGUUUUCCCCACAUUUUCCUGACUUGCUUUACAUAGCCUGCCUCAUUGCUAGGUCUUCCAGGUACUGUGACUGGACUUUUCCAGCUGCCUCUCCCAUGUUCCUUCUACUAAAAUGAAAGGGUUUUAAGUGAACUCUAUAAUAUACCUCCCUUUAGUUAAAUAAUAGACUCAUCUCAGCAUGUAUCUGUUAAUAUUUAUUUAAAUAUUGAUCUCUACCUGUGCAUGGCUAUUCUCCUGUACUAGUCUUCUCUUUCUCUCCACAAUCCCACCCUAUAUAUUCUGCCUUUUUUUUUUUUUUUUUCUGUUCUCUUUCUCUUUGUAGACAGACUCUCAUUGCCAGAGUCCGAGAUGUGGGAUACUAUUAGUAUCAUUAGCUGUUCUGUGGAUAAAAAAAAGGGGGGGGGUUGCUAUUCUUUAUACUUAUUUACUCCUUUAUAGAAAAGUAAAAUGUGUCUUAUGGUCCCAAAAGCAACUUACAAAUUAAUUUUUGUAACAACUUUCUUGCAAACUAGGGAUCAGCUUUAAGACACCUUUAACAAGAUCUAGAGUUUUUUGUACGUGAUUAGCAGUGGUGUUAAUGCAGAAUAUUUUCCUACCUCAUGUCAUGAAAGUUAGAAGGUUACUGACCUUAUAUUUUGCUUUUGCUGUUGGUCUUUUUGACUCUGGAAUGACCAUUGUCCACUGAAUACUGCCCUGGUUAUAGCAGUUCAGUUGUUCACUCAGCAAAUGUUUGGGUGAUUAGCAUGCACCAGGAAUGUCAGCUAUAUGUUAUUCCCUUCCACCACAUGGUAGUCUACUGAUGUUGAGGGAUUGUACUUCAGGCUAUCUAGCACUUGAAUUUGAUCCUAAAAUAUCUCCUCCAAAUAAGAUUGUACAAUUUUAUUCACAGCUUUUAUGCAGACAACUAUUCUUAAAGAUCUGUGCUGGUUAAAAUCAGUCUAAGACUUUCCCCUGAAAUCCCUGUUGUUUUCCUAUAGCUUUUAUAAUAUUGAGGAGAUUCCUUGGUCUGAGUUUCAUGUAUACCCACCUUUGUUAUGUCUUUCAGUGGAAUCUAUUUGGCUUAAGAGGUAUGUUGGCUUAGAGUUGUAUAGUAGGGCAUUAAAUGUUUAAGCAAAGGAUCUGCCCGCAGCCCCUUUUCAAUCUAGUGCCUUCUUUGAUCUUUUUACUGAGCUGCUUGUGUCCCUAAUCCCCAUUCUUGCGAAGGUUUCUCUUUUAGCCUUCUGUUACCUUUUACCAUCCCUUACUACUGGGGAUUUGUUUUCCAAUCCUUCAGCGGCCUUUGCAGCUAAUUCCAUGUCAUUGAAGGGGUGGAGGUAGGAGGCAUCUGUCUUUGGAUCCUGAUUUUCAGUGGAUUGUGAGGUCUUCUGAGAGCCAGUCAGUAGUACAGACUGGACUCAGUGCUCUGUAUCAGCCUUUCCUUCAGAGCAGGGAACCACAGAGAUGUCAGAGCUUAGUAUCAACACCUUAUUAUUCUCCUAAACCCUAACACUUCAAAAUUCAAUCUAAAGUAUUCUAACUUCACCUAAAACAUUUCUAUUACAACUUUGAUCUUACUCUACAUUAGCAAUCUUUCUUUAGGAAAUGCACAUAACCACUUAAUUCAUGAAGGAGGGCAGAUGGUGGAACCAGGUUGAGAUUGUAUUUUAACUUUCCUGGUUACGGAUCCUUUGGAUACAAGAAAUAUUCCAGGUAAAGAAAGGAGGAAGUCAGUGAUAAGGAUGCAGAAUAUUUUUAUGGAACCCAGGAUAGGAAGUACAGUUGAUUCUUGCAUGGUCCCUCCUGCUUCAUAGCCUGUUUGCAUGGAUAGCCUCCAAAUAGGCACCCCAGUCCUCAAGUCCCUGUGACCCUCCAGCUCUAGGGAUCACCACAACCAUGAACAGAUUCCCAGUUCCUCUUAGUUCAUAUUCUUAAGAAAGAAUAAACUCAGCCCAGCAUGUUGAUCAGAUGUCCAUCCUUGACCAUUUGGCCUUCAGGAAGAACAGGAAAGUGUGGCAAAUGGCAGCAGCAGCAGAGCUAGGGACUUCUACUCCAGUGGUAAAGCUGCUGUUGUCCUGCUUUUUUGAGAGUGGGAAGACAGGCAUCAGAAGGUGUCUGGGUCAUCGAGCAAAUCCUUAGAAUCACUUUAAUUCUGCUCACUGUCUUUGUUUCUUCUUUAUUUCUUACUCUUCUUCUUCUUAUGAGUCUUGGCAUCCAAGAUUUUUUUCCUCCCUCUUGAGGGCAUGCUAGUCUGUUCCUAGGUGGCAUUUCUUAGCCACCCUUCAACCUCAGGUCUUCAGCCUUCUUUCAUGUCACUGAGAACAGAUCACGAUUCCACUUAGCUACUACCCUUGAGUUUGUAGACUCUUCAGGUUUUAGUGUUGAGUAUCUAUCCAUCCUGUGAGCUCCUGGCUAUCUUGCAUCUCCUCUUCUCCUCUUCCUUGUUGUCCUGUGUGAGGGAGCUCUACAGUGUUGUUCCUAGGCACCUCAGAAACUGCUUUGCUGGAGCCAGUAAAAAUGGGUGAGAGUUGGGAUGUUUCCAGGAUAUAGAGAUUCCAGUGUAGUAUAGAGCUUCUACUGCAAGCUCCUUAGAUAGGAUGUAUUUCCCUGUCCAGUUGUUUUCCUUUAUAUUAAAGCUUUUUUUUU